AAGAAGAAGAAGAAGAAGCAGCAGCAGCAGCAGCAGCAGCAGCAGCAGCAGCAGCAGCAGCAGCUCUUCCUGUUGAUGUUUGGCUGGAUGGCGGAGGCAGACCUGGCCUCCAUGCUGGCAGCAGGCGGACUUAGGCUGAAACAGCUACAGGUUAAAAUAACACCAAAUUAGAUAGAAAAUCAUGGAGGAAGAUAUUAAACCUCUUCUCAUCCCUGUUGGAGGUGAUGAAAAUGAUGUCGGAGUCCUGAACAUUCAGUUCAAUCCAGAAGAUCUUAAGUGCAAAAGGCCAUUUCAUGUAGAACCUACAAAUAUUGUUAGUGUGAAUGAUGACAUACAGAGAGUUACAGCUGAAGCUUCAGCAAUGAAUAAGCGGAUUCACUACUACAGUAGACUGUCUUCACCUUCAGACAGAGCAUUGGUAGCUCCUGAUCAUGUACUUCCUGCUCCAGAAGAAAUCUAUGUGUAUAGUCCUUUGGGAACAGCUUUCAAAAUAGAUGGUUGUCCUGAUGGCUGUGGCAAAAACUCAAGCCUGGUAACAAUAUUUAUGAUCUGGAAUACCAUGAUGGGCACAUCUAUAUUAAGUAUUCCCUGGGGAAUAAAGCAGGCAGGAUUUACUACUGGAAUAAUUAUUAUUCUGCUAAUGGGCAUCUUGACACUAUACUGCUGCUAUAGAGUUGUGAAGUCAAGGACAAUGAUACCUUUAGUAGAUACCUCAACUUGGGAAUUCCCAGAUGUUUGCAAGUAUUAUUUUGGAUCUUUUGGACAACGGUCUAGUCUUUUAUUUUCAAUGGUGUCUCUUAUUGGAGCCAUGGUGGUUUACUGGGUCCUCAUGUCUAAUUUCCUUUUCAACACAGGAAAGUUUAUUUAUAAUUAUGCUAACAAUAUUAAUGUAACAGAUAUUGUUCCUGGUACUAACGGGAGCGAGAGAGUAAUAUGUCCAGAUGGUGCUGGCCAGGAUGUGCCAGGAAACAAAACUUCUCUCUUUGUUUCUACCAGUGGUGCUGGAUUUCAGGAAUUUGAAGAGUGGUGGAACAAAUCGAAAACAGUCCCAUUUUACCUGAGCAUCAUUCUUCUGCUCUUGAAUUUUAAGUCUCCAUCUUUCUUUGCCAAAUUUAACAUCUUAGGUACUGUUUCAGUUAUUUACCUAGUCAUCCUUGUUACUGUGAAAGCAGCACGUUUAGGAUUUCAUUUAGAAUUCGACUGGUCUAACACAAGUACAUAUUUUUUGCCAGAGUUCAGACUUCUGUUUCCUCAGCUUACAGGGGUGCUGACCCUGGCUUUCUUUAUUCAUAACUGUGUCAUUACAUUGCUUAAGAAUAACAAGAACCAAGAAAACAAUGUCAGAGAUCUUUCCAUUGCCUAUUUUCUGGUGGGCAUUACAUAUCUCUAUGUUGGGGUGCAAUUUGCUGCUUUUCCAUCUCCACCAUUGAGUAAAGACUGCAUAGAAAAGAAUUUUUUAGACAAUUUCCCCAGUAAUGACAUCAUGUCAUUUCUAGCAAGAAUAUUCCUGCUGUUCCAGAUGAUUACUGUGUAUCCACUGCUUGGCUACUUGGCACGAGUACAGCUUUUGGGACAUAUCUUUGGAAAUGUUUACCCAAGUUUUUUACAUGUGUUCAUAUUGAACGUUGCCAUAGUAGGCGUUGGCAUUGCAAUGGCCAGAUUCUAUCCAAAUAUAGGAGGAAUAAUAAGAUAUUCCGGAGCAACUUGUGGCUUGGCCUUUGUUUUUGUAUAUCCUUCACUCAUCUACAUGAUCUCUUUGCAUCAGGAAAAUCGGCUGACGUGGUUAGGACUAGCUAUUCACAUUUUGAUAAUCCUCCUAGGAGUGGCUAACCUGAUUGCACAGUUCCUAAUGUGAAUAAAUCUUACUUUACAGGAGGUACUGGAAGUUACAAAAUAUUACAUUGAGCAACAGUACUCUUUAAGCUGUUGAUUUGCCCAUCCGUUGAUGUUAACCUGUACCAAAGAAAUGCUACAAAUAACAAUAGCAAACAAACAACCUUAAUUGUUUAUU